AGGAACGGACAUUUAAGCAGCGUUCCAUGAAUGUAAAUAGCAGGAUUGGAUCUAAGAAAAUGGAGCUUCCACCCCACGAAGGAUCGGUACUCUCUGUGGUUGACAUGCACACAGGUGGAGAGCCUUUGCGCAUUAUCCUUAGUGGUUACCCAGAGGUUAAGGGCGAGGGUGUGCUAUCCAAACGACGCUACGUGAGAGAGCAUCUGGACUACCUACGGAGAGUGUUGAUGUUCGAACCAAGAGGACACUAUGACAUGUACGGAGCCCUGGUCGUGGAGAGUGAGAUACCUGAAGCCGACUUGGGGGUUCUUUUCAUGCACAACGAAGGUUACAGUACCAUGUGUGGCCACGCAGUCAUCGCUCUUGGGAGGUUCGCUGUAGACUACAAACUUGUUCAAGAGCCAAGGUCGCCAGAGACGCAGGUGAAUAUACACUGUCCAUGUGGCCUGGUUAAGGCAUUUGUGGAGUACUCCAAUGGUAAAACCGGAGGUGUGAGGUUCCACAGUGUUCCAGCGUUUGCAUUUGCAACAGAUGUAAUUGUUGCUGUGCCUGGGCAUGAUGAAGUCACUGUUGAUAUAAGCUACGGAGGAGCAUUCUACGCAUUUGUAAGUGCAGAGCGAUUUGGCCUGGACAUCAACAAGUCCAAGACCAGGGAUCUGGUGGAUGCAGCUACUGCAGUGACCAACUCUGUCAAAUCUCAGGUAAAACUGCACCACCCAACCAGUGAGGACCUAGCCUUCCUCUAUGGCACCAUCCUCACGGAUGGAAAAGAUGCCUAUUCCCAAGAGCCCACUGCUAACAUGUGUGUGUUUGCAGAUGCCCAGGUGGACAGAAGCCCUACAGGUUCAGGGGUCACUGCCCGUGUGGCUCUCCAGUACCAUAAAGGCCUCAUCCAACUCAACCAGACUAGGACCUUCCAGAGCGGGGCCACAGGAUCUCUGUUCACUGGCAAAGCUGUUCAGGACACCACAUGUGGAGACUUCAAGGCUGUGGUGGUUGAGGUGGCUGGCAGAGCACACUACACUGGCGUGGCCAGCUUUGUGCAGGAAAGUGACGACAAGCUAAAACUUGGUUUCCUGCUGAAAUAGGAGCAGCUACCAGUGUCCACAACAACUUUUGAGUGCAUCUCCAUCCAAGCAAAGGACCAUAUCAGAUUACAAAUAAAUUGUAAAAAAAACUUUUAAAAAACAUCUCUCAUUGAAGGCCUAUGUGGCAUCAGUAAUGAUCAUAAAUAUUGUAUGUACUGUAUGCACUGAGUCUGAAUUGAGCCUCCACAGUUUUGUGAAAUGGCAGACAAGACUGUUGGAAUUCCCUCAAACAUCUGCAUGGUUAAGGUCAACUUCCAUGAGCAGGUGUCCAAUAUAACAAAGUUUGUUCCUGUCCUGUAGUGGUCAUAAAGUCAGUAUUUUUAAGGAAACAAUGUCUCAGAUUUAUUGGAUAUUUGAGGAUUGGGUUUUGAUUUCAGUCAUGCCAGUCAUCGCCUGGUACACAGCGAUGGGAGAGCUGUGACACACUGGUCUGGACAGGAGUCAGUUUGUUGGUGCAAUAUACACAAAACAUUUUGAACUUUGAUUCUCUCAAACAUUUUUCCCCCCUAGGGGUUGAGACCUCCCGCUGUUUGUAUUUGAAAAUCCAACAGUUGUAUUGGAUGAAAAAACACAUCCCCCUUCAUUACCAAUGCAUUGUGCCUACAACAUCGGGAAGACCAUGUGUUUGAUACCAUUCCACUCCAGCCAUUUCCACGAGCCCGUCCUCCCCAAUUAAGGUGCACCAACCUACGGUAUGCACACUUUAAAGCGUCUGAUAAAUGGAAUAUAUUAUUAUAAACCACACCCCCAUGACAUUAUCACAUUUCCUAUGAGGAGGAAAACUGGUGAAAUCAGUCAGUUCAGCCUCCCUUUAAGGUGAUGUGCAAAUCAAUGUUAGUGUCGCGCUACAAAGCCAAGGUGGAUAUUGGGUAACAUAUUGGGUAAUAUCACAUAUUGGCCUCAAGAUGGUGCUAUAGAAACAUUUUCUGCUAAAGUAGUCAAGUGACUAUGAAGGAGGCUGAUGUUUGUCAUUUUAAAAAAAAUGUAUCCAUUCAUAGACACAUUUAGCUGUGAUUGGGAAUGUUAUUUUCACCUUGAUUUGAAAUAAAAAUACCACA